CAACAAGCUACCGAACCAGCAGCAACAAGCUAGCCGCCAGCAGCUAACUCGGUCGGGGGGGACGAGGCGUGUUAACAUGCAAAAGUUUAGAAACUCCGAUAUUCGCCUCGACUAGACACGAUAUUAAUGUUUAGUGAGACCCAAGACGGCCCUCUAAAACAUGGACCAUAGUUCGUUUUUGUAAAUGCUGUUGUUUUUGCGUGGCUUUGAGCUUCAAAUGUGCGAAAAGUCUCUCGGUGUGUCCUCCUCGUCGUUGAACAAGAUGGCAGCAACAGCAGCACCGUUACAGAGUUUGGCUGUGGUGCGGGUGUUCGUUGCUAGCCUGCUCUUUGACACUUUGAGUGAUGCGAUUUUCUGGUCUUACUGAAGGUAUGGCCUCACAAGCCUUGGUCUACCCAUCACACCUGCACUCAGCUCAAACAAGUGCCUUAGGAAAGAGCAGCAGUGGUACCAGCAGACGCACAGGUGAAGUCCACCGCAGUAAUAACACCAGCAGAGCCUUUGAGCAUCGACUCCCGGCCAAGACAUACGUGAUUGGAAUCAAUUACGGUAUUGCAUUUCCCAACAACGUUAUCCCGUCCUCAACUGUUGCCGAGUUAGGAAGGCCGAACAGGGGGCAACCGGUUGGGGAAACGGAGCAGUGGACUUUGCAGACUGCAGGGAUACAGCAAGCAGGACCGGCUGAGUGCCAGGAUCAGCUGACUGUUAACCAAGGUUUUGAGAGGGAAGGUGGAGGUUUGGACUGCGGGCUUCUUGCUACAGCCUGUUUAGGAGCAGAGUGGGAGGAGGCCAAAAACAAAAGAGCACAAGUUAGAGGAGGUUAUAUCAGCCUUCUUGACUCAGGUGUCCCCCAGGUAUGUGAGGAGAAGACGGGUGAAGGUGGGGAACAACAGCGGGAAAGUAACCGCAUCAGAACCAUGCAGAUAGUGGAGGACGUACCUGCUCUGCCGUCACUUCCUCUACCUGUGGCCAUGUUGCAGACAAGCACUGGGAACAAUGCAGACACUGUUCGAGUCGGGGGUGGGGGAACUCUGACCGCUCAACAUAGCAGGGUUGAUGAGGUGACCGGCCUCAGCGUGGGGGUCAGUGGGACUGAAACCAGCACCAAUGGCAGUAAUGAGGUUGUGGCAGGUGCCACUGUGAACAGAAAUGGAUCAGGAGAUGGUGACUAUCAGUUGGUUCAGCAUGAAGUCCUUUACUCGCUGAAGAACAGCUACGAGGUUCUGGAGUUUCUGGGUCGGGGAACCUUUGGUCAGGUGGUGAAGUGCUGGAAGAGGGGGACAAAUGAAGUGGUGGCCAUCAAAAUACUGAAGAACCACCCCUCCUAUGCACGCCAAGGACAGAUCGAGGUGGAGAUCUUGGCUCGGUUGAGCAGUGAAAAUGCAGAGGAGCACAAUGUGGUGCGCGCUCUGGAGUGUUUUCAUCACCGCAGCCACACCUGCUUAGUGUUUGAAAUGUUGGAGCAAAACCUCUACGACUUCCUGAAGCAGAACAAGUUCAGCCCACUGCCUCUUAAAAUCAUCAGACCUAUUCUACAGCAGGUGGCAACAGCCCUGAAGAAGUUGAAGGAUCUGGGUUUGAUCCAUGCUGACUUGAAACCAGAAAACAUCAUGCUGGUGGAUCCAUCCAGGCAGCCAUACAGAGUCAAAGUCAUUGAUUUUGGUUCAGCCAGCCAUGUCUCCAAGGCCGUAUGCUCCACUUAUCUUCAGUCCAGAUACUACAGAGCUCCAGAGAUUAUUUUGGGCCUGCCAUUUUGUGAAGCCAUUGACAUGUGGUCGCUUGGCUGCGUUAUCGCUGAACUCUUUUUGGGCUGGCCUCUUUAUCCCGGAGCGCUGGAAUAUGACCAGAUCCGGUACAUCUCUCAGACGCAGGGACUGCCUGCAGAGCAGCUGCUCAACAAGGGGACAAAGACCACGCGUUUCUUCACCAAAGAAUCGGACUCUCCCUACGCCUCCUGGAGACUAAAGACAACAGAGGAACAUGAGAAGGAGACGGGACUCAAAUCCAAAGAGGCCAGGAAAUACAUCUUCAGUUGUUUGGAUGACAUUGCACAUGUGAACUUGGUGUUGAGUCCUGAUACUAGCGACAUGCAGGCAGAGAAGGCAGACAGACGGGAGUUUGUGUCUCUCCUUAAGACCAUGCUACUGAUCGACGCCGAGGAUAGGACGGUUCCAUCGAGCGUCCUAAAUCACCCAUUCCUCACCAUGACUCAUCUACUGGACUACCCCCACAGCAACCAUGUUCAGUCGUCUUUCCGCAUCAUGGACAUGUGCCACAACCGUCCCAACACUGCCGUUUUUGAUGCUUUGAACCAGAACACGAUUCAUCUGUCAAGACCCCCUCUAGCUCCCACUGGAUCUUCUGGCCUUACACUGGGCUACAGCACAAUUCAGUCUAUAACCCAAUCCGCUCCAUCCGUGUUGCAUCCUGGGAUAGCGCUAACAGGAAACGGGCAGUUUGGGUGCAGUGAGUCCUUCCCUCCUGCCCUCCUCCUCUGUCCUCCCACAAUGCAAGGAAACCUUAAUCAGCCAGCAACCUAUUCUGUCCCCAUGGUAACUCAAGCCCCUCCCAUACAACCUCUACCAGUGAGACCCGGAGUAAUAGCUCAGCAGGCCUGGAAUAGCCGAGGCCAGCAGCUCCUUGUCCCUACAGCGUGGCAGCAAAUGACUCCUGUCGGGCCUCCACCCUCUCACCCGCCUCCACCACCUCCUCCCUCCCUCACCAGUGACACCACGGCUGGACCACAGAGGAUAAGCGACUGGGGGAAAGCGCACCCACACAACAGCCACUACAACGCAGUGAUGCAGCAGCCGCUCCUGACCAACCAGAUGCCAGCCCUUUCUGCACAUCAGCCAAUCAACAUUGGCAUAGCUCACGUUGUGUGGCCCCAACCAGCCAAUAAACGGAACAGACAAGGGCACAACAGGAACCUGUCCUACCCCAGCAACAUCCACAUUUYAUCAUGUCGGUCUCCCAAAAUGGCUGACAUUGUUGGACAGGCAGUGUCAGGAAGAGGGCAGCCACAAAAGGAGGCGCCCCUGGUGGAAUCCCAGCGACCAGAAAUGAAAAAACCAACUGUGGAACAAGAUGGCACAGAGCUGAAGGAAAACUGCAUUAAAGAGGCGAUGGCAAGUGGAAACAGACGGGUCGAUGUUCCUAGGCAGCCGAUACGGGAUGUGGCCGUCCUGAUGGCAGACACGCCAAGUCCAGCUCCCAGCGUGAUCAGCAUCCGCAGUGAUCUGAGUGAUGACGAAGAUCGGGUGGGAAACGAAGGUCGUCAGGGGUGCCACCUGAAUCAGUGUAAAGGAGAGUGUGGAUGUGAGGCUUGCAGAAACACCAGUGUGUCCAUGGAGAGAGUGUGUUCUCUCAGCAGCCCUGACAGCAGCCUCAGCACCAGCUCGUUUGCCUCAAACUCUCUGCAGUCCAGCCCUUCAGCUUCACCGUGCAAGAGGCCCAACAGCAUGUCUGAGGACGACGGCCACGAAAGUGGUUGUGACACGGUGGAAGGCUCGCCCUCUUCGGACACAUCGACAUCCCAGCGUGGCAACAACGCCUACCGUUACCUUAACAACAACAACCGCUCUCCUUUAGCUGCCGUGUUGGCACCCCUGACCUCCCCAUCCGAGCAGGACCGGAGACCACGGGGCAUCAGAACCAUGGUAGUUCCACCAAUGAGGGUCCAGACCAACAACAACACUCGCAACACUCAGGAGCGUGUCCAGAGAACAGCCUCAGAAUCCUGGUCCCGAUCCAAAGGGCGCUGCAGUCUCGUAGGGCAACAGAGCACUGCCUCUUCCGUCCCUCUCCUGCCAUCCGCCCCCAUCCUGCCGCGGCAGCAGAAGUUGACAGGGCAGCAGCACCAUCUGGGCUUUGGUCAGGUGCAGCCAUACGGUUCAAACCACAGCAACAAGGAGUGGAACGGCAACUAUGGGCCCCUGCGACCGCACGCCUACAUCCCUCCUACUGUCCACACACACACCUUCACACAUCUGCACCACAACAGCCCCACACACACCUCGGCCGCCCCUCACACCCUGCUCUCCUACCCCUCCAGCGGCCCUCUCACCGCCACCCAUCACCCCAUCCUGCCCUCUCGUCCCCCUCCCCCUCUCCUCCAGCACGGCUUUGGCCUUUCCCAUCCCCAAGGGGGGGCGCUGGUCCACCAGGUCGCCCUGGGCAUCGGCACACACCCCCACCACCCUGGACACCCCGCCGCGUCGCACCGGCUCCUCCCUUCCCCAACCAUCAACCCUCACCACCAGCCUGGCUACACCCACCACCCGCACCAGUUCAAGCCACCUUUUCCCCCUCCUCACCCGUACAUGGCCUCCCCGGCCGCCUUCACAAGUUUCCACCUGAGCCCCACCAAGCUCAGCCACCACCCACAGUUCUCGUACAUCUGAGGGGCAGGACGGAGGAGCCGCGCCUCCUCCUGAACAGGAGGCUCAAGGAGAAAUUCACUGGGUCUGCAACCUGGGCAGGGAGACCCCCCACCAGAACACAACAUGAACACUUCUGUUGAGACAGAGAAGAAUGGAGGAAAAUGAGCAAUGUUUUAUCACCAUGGAUGGAUUUGAGAAAUUAUUUUACCAAUGUUUUCUGUAAUCUGAUGGGUUGACUUCACAGGCUGUUGAUCAUGUCUGACUGUCGAAGCAGAGACUGUCUGGAAAAAUCAUGUCAGGAUGUGGAGGAAGCUUCAAAUCUUUGUAAGAGCAAAUGAAUUUCUAUGACAAUUAGGAAGUUUUCCUCAAUAACGUGUUUGUACAUUACCUCCUGUCAUCGAUCUGAACUGAUUCGGAGCUGGAAAAUCAUGGGUUUCUGUUUUUGUUCUGUGUUCUACGCUGUUGGGGUUGUUCAACCUCUCACUCCCUUUAUCUGUGUUGCCUUGCAACCCGCGCACGCCGCUCUGAUCUGCUCGUUACCUGGCCGCGAACCUGGAAUCGAAGGCUCAUGAUGGUUGCCUUCUAGUGCCUUAAAACCUUUGAGUCUUUGACGUUACUUCAGGAGCAUUUAGAUUGUACGUUUUGAAUUUAAACGGACUUGCAGCACUUAACCUAGGGACUCUGAACGAGACGGGCUUCUAAAAACCGGCGAGGAUCACGUGCAUGGGCUUGUUUUACUUUAUGCUUUCUAACUCCAUGUGGGUUCAAUCUAACUAGAGGCUGCACUUAUAGGGCUCUGACUGAAUUAGCUUUUAAUGUAUAUAAAGAGUGAUUUGAUAUUUUGAUAAUCGAUUUCUAUUCACUAUAGUACUUAAUUCAUAACAGUAUUGUCACUGUUUACUGUAACUGCAAUACAAUCUAGAUCCUCUGGGUUGCUGUGUUUUUAUUAUCUUGCGUUUAGGCUAGAUUUGCAUUCAUGCGUUUUAGAUUUUGGGAGUGGCAUAGACUUGUUUAAUGUUUUUAACUUUUAAGAUACUUCUCAGUGUUUGAAGUAACCUAUCAACUUAACAGUAUCACUGCUGGGCUUUUGAGUAUUAGUUGUAUCAGUAAUUAUUGUUGGAGAUUUUGUGCCCCCUCCCCCACGUAUUGAAACCUGUUGUCAGUUUUCAUACAUUCCUUCAGGGUGGAAGCGAAGCCUUGAUUAUUAUAAUUUUUUUUUCUGUGUGUGCGUUUUCAUUUGUGUCGUGUGAGUUGUUUUCUUCACCGCCGGCGUUUCACUCCGAUCAACACCAAAGACUCUCUUCGUUAAUCAUUUCGGAAGCACGGUCGAUCAUAUUUCUGUCACCUCCAGCAUAUACUGUUGCAGUUGUGGGCUUAAAUUUUUUAUUUUUUAUUUUUUUGGAAUAUAUUGUGAAAUCUCUAUUUUAAAAAUAAUAAGAGGUUGAGGUUUUAUUUUUUUGAGCUGUUUGCUAAUUGUAUUUGGAAUGUAUAGAUAAUAAGCUGCUAUAUACUGAUUAUGCGCCACUCGGUAGCUGUGAAUUUAGAGGAUUAAUCUCUUUCUGGUCUGCAGUCUCUCCUUUGUUAUUGUAGUUCGGACGACUAGAUAAAACUUAAGUGGUUUUUCUUCUGAUCAUAGAGUGUAUGAAUGCUACUCCUUCAUGCUAGUGCCUUUGUAUAUUGGCUUUGUUGUUUUGAAGUGUUUCUAAACUGCUGUAUUGGAAGUUAAGUUUUCCUUUUGGUUUUAUUUUUUUAUUCUGUUGCUUUUUGGUGUGCGAGUGUUUUGUGUGUAUUUAGCAUCAGUAUUUCAAAUGUAGGCUGGGUUCGCUUUGACUCUGUAACCAGUGUGAUGUAUUAUUGUCUUUCCUUUCAUCGACGCGGCUUUUAUUUCCGUUAUAGGACUGUAUUUACAACUCUUUGUACUGUAUCAACUUAGUGCCUUUUCCUCAACCAGUGUCAGACGGAUGACGUCUACGACAUCAAAGCGGGAAUAUUGUAGGCGUUCUCCUUCCUGGAGUCGAAUCCGAUUUUCGCAUCAUGAAAUCCCCAAAGUUUGUUCUGUAGACGAAGAUGAAAACAAUCCUGUAUUUCUUUUUUUUUUUUUUCCCCAUUGUUUUAUUUUAAACUUUUACAGAAUCCUAAGAAAAUCCAAAUCAGGGAAUGUUUUACUCACCAAGAACACCGUGCAGCACUAGAAGACAUGGGGGCCUGAGUAACAUUCACAAAUGCAAAGCUUUAUCUCACACCAUGAAUGUAUUUGUGGAUGUCAAGAAAUCAGUCUUUGGUUUGCAAGCUCAACAUUUGUCUACAUUUUGGGUGUUGAUAGCACUUGUAUGCAGCUAUAACCAUUGGUAAAUGGUGUAUGUUUCGUAAUGGGUUUGGUUUUUUGUUUUUAAAUGCUUUAUCCCAUCACUCAUAAUCAAAAUGUAGGUCCAAAGCUUCCCCACCCUGAUCUAAUUAUUACAUUACAGUAUAAUGGUUUUGCUAUGUUAUUUAGGUAUUGGGUGCAUUUUGUGUGCUUGUCAGCUAUGCUACUGUUUGAGUAUGUUUAAAUGUUUAAAGUUUUGUGUUGUGCACACCAAAUGUGUUUUUUUAGAUUUUAUAUGUAUUGUGGUGUGCAGCCUCUCUUUGCAAACCACCCACUUCCCCGUGCGUGUGUGUGUGUCAGCUCUGCACAGGUAAUGCCCCAUGCUGUAAUCCCACCCACCACUUUGGAUUAAUUGCUUUGGGUAGAUAAAUCUCACGUCCCUGCAGAUUUACGCCGACAGUUGCAUCAUCAAAGACGCCGAUCAGGGUUUUGGGGGGGGUUGUCACAGUCCCUGAUCCAAAGCUUAGCAAAGCACAUGGAAUCCUGCUGCCUUCAGCAACACAGCAGGCUUACUAACAAUGUUAAUACUCCUAAAAGCUUGUGGGGAGAUUUCUUUUUUAAUUGGGCAUUGUAAUACACGCACUUGACGACAUGUAAUAAUACAGAAAUACUUGCUACAAGCCUGCUUUCACUGGGCACCAGCAUAUUAAAAAAACACACACACAAAAAAAAAAUACGGCAUAUGAAUUGACAUGUACCUGAACGUCUCAUUUGGUUUUUGAGUUUGAAUCUGUUUGAAAUUAAACUUGUAACAUCACUAAUUAUCAUACUUAGGCACAAAAAUGUAGACACAAUUGCAAAAUUUAAGAAUUUAAGCUGUUACUGUUCUAAAUGUGUAGAUUUUUGUGGCUUUUAUGAUUUGUAUUCCUUGAUUUUUGUUUUUGUUAAUCCUAAAUGCUACUCUAGUGUGACUUGUAGCAACUGCACUGUGCAAUAUACAACAAUAUAUGAGGACUGGGAAAAUAAUUGUUUGGAUGUAUUGAUGUGUGUCUUACCAGUUUUCGGUCAUCCCCCCUCCUUCCCCCUUUCUAGUUCUCAGUGAGUUUCAAUGUGACCAAGCCUUAUGUACUUUGUCACAAAAAGCGGGUUCCUUAUUGGUGACUCAUAUUGGUGAGUGUCAAAUUAUGAAUUUAUUGUAUAAUAUGGUGAGAUUCACUUUGAAUUAAAAAAAAUCUUUUGCUUCA